CUGUGGCCCAUAUAUGAGAGGCGGUAUGCACGUCGUCUAGACUGAAACCGAUACUCUGCGACUUGGCACAAAGAGCGGAAACUCGUGCUCUCGCCUUCCAUCUUUGUCAGCCCAAGACAAAGGGAUAUGCGAGUCAAGCACCUCAGGUAACACAGCAGGCACAGUGUAGUAGUGUCUACAGGAAAAGCGGUGUACUAAGAUAACCGACGCCUUGGCACCCGUGACUUUUUCAAGGGCAAGAAAUGAGCUCAUCACAGUAGCGGUGCCCCUGCUGUUAGAAACUAAGAAACGCGGCCUAUUAGCGAGAACUACGUGCGCUGUCCCGCCAGAUGAGGUAUUCCUUUUCUUAUUUUUUUCGUUCCCGCAUUCACUGCUGCGGCCGCAGGCUAGCUUAUUUAAGGCCACUAUCACCGCUGUUGUGACGUGAUUUGAGCAUUUCACACGCAUUUUUGCCGUCAGUUUGACGUCCUGCGCGAACGAACGGACGAGCUGAGCUGCAGGACGGCGCGGCGCGGCUUCGACGGUGUCGCCCCUAGCGGCAAGCGAGCAAAAAGUCGCGAACGGACCGCGCCGGCGUUGUCGUCUGCGCGCGCCAGCAGCUACCGCUCGCUCGGCGAGGAGCAGCGCCGUCAAGAUGGCUGCGACGUCGUCUCCGGCGGCGUCUCGCGCUCGGACUUCGAGGCCGUGUGGGCCGCCGCUGACAACUGGGAUGCCGUGAGCCGGGGCGCCUGCGGUAUUGGGGUGCCGCGCGCGCGAUCCGGGACGCCGGGGGCCCCCGGUGUUCGCCCCUGAUGCAAGCCAAAAAGCGUUACCUGUUCCUCUUACUGGCUGCUUGCGUUUCGGCCCUGGUGGUUCUCUGCUACCGACACCUCGUACUCAGCGCCCAUGGACGACGCGAGACGUACGGGAGCGGUUCCCUGCGACCGUACGCGGACAGUGGCGACGUCGAGGACGUGUCGGUGUCCCGGCGGCGCCUGCGCGAGGCUCUCCGCGGCGGCGGCACCUCGACGGACUCCGCCACGGUGCCGCCGGACUCCCGUCGCUGCCGCAUGCACUCGUGUUUUGACUUCUCUCGGUGUCGCGGCCGUGAGUUCAAGGUGUACGUCUAUCCCUCGGAGUCGGACGCACCGCCCGCGUCGGCGGUCUACCAGCGAAUCUUGAGGGUGAUCCGCCAGUCUAGCUACGCGACCACGGACGCCUCGGAAGCAUGUGUGUUUGUGCCAGCUGUGGAUACGCUGGAUCGCGACCCGCUCAGUCCCGACUACGCGCGGACGGCCCGGCUGACCGACUCUCCGCUGUGGAACGGCGGUCAGAACCACCUGAUCUUCAACCUCUUUUCGGGCACCUGGCCCGACUACAGCGAAGAGCUCGGGCUCGACAUCGGGCUCGCGAUGCUCGCCAAGAGCAGCAUCCCGGAGUCGGCAUUCCGGCCAGGCUUUGACAUCGCGCUGCCGCUGUUCCCGAGGGCUCACCCGGAGCGCGGAGGCAAGCCGGCCAUCCAGGGCGCGGGUCCCGUUGACAAGGGCUACUUGCUGGUGUUCAAAGGCAAGCGCUACGUCUACGGCAUAGGGUCGGACACGCGCAACGCGCUACACCACCUGAACAACGGCAGAGACGUGCUCUUGCUCACCACAUGUCGACACGGGAAGCAGUGGAUGGAGCGUCGCGACGAGCGUUGCGAGGCAGACAACCGCCUCUACGACAGGUACGACUACGGCUCGCUGAUGGAGAACGCCACGUUCUGCCUGGUUCCCCGGGGCCGUCGGCUGGGCUCGUUCCGCUUCCUCGAGUCCCUGCAGGCCGGCUGCGUGCCCGUGCUGCUGGCCAACGGCUGGGAGCUGCCCUUCGGCGAGGCGCUGCGCUGGGAAGGGGCCGCGCUGCGCGCCGACGAGCGGCUCCUGCUCCAGGUGCCGGACACGCUGCGCUCGAUGCCCCGGCGCCGGGUGCACGCCAUGCGGCAGCGCAGCCAGCUCCUCUGGGAGACGUACUUCUCCUCGGUGGACAAGAUCGUGCUCACCGUGCUCCAGAUCGUGCGCGAACGGGUUCGCGGCUGGGAGUCUCACCACGGCGUCGUGUGGAACAGCCACCCCGGCGCCCUGCUGACGCUGCGGCGGUUCGCGGACACCCUGCGGCCGCUGCCUUUCCACCGGCACCGCAGCGGCGACGCGGACGAGCGGGGCGGCCGCUACACGGCCGUCGUCUACUCAGCCAUGCCCAGCGCGCAGCCGCUACAGAGGCUGCUCAAGAGCCUGCUCCGCUCCGCCUGCCUCGCCAAGGUUUUGGUCAUCUGGGGUGGAGAGUCGCCGGCCCCUGUGGUGGCCAAACUUCUUCAGGGCGCUGGCCUGUCUCCUGGCAGCAGCAGAGCCCCUGUGCACGUGGUGGUCCCACCACAAAGGGCCAUCAGUGCUCGCUUUGCACCCCACCCCCUCAUCACUACCGACGCUGUCCUUGCCCUGGACGAGGAUGUCAUGCUCACUGCUGAAGAGAUGGACUUUGGGUUCCGGGUGUGGCAGUCAUUUCCAGAGCGCAUUGUGGGCUACCCGGCUCGCUCACAUUACUGGGAUGAUGCUAAGGCUGCCUGGGGCUACAGCUCAAAGUGGACCAAUGAGUACUCCAUGGUACUCACAGGUGCUGCCUUCUACCACAGGUACUACCAUGAGAUGUACACCUCGUGGCUGCCGGAGAGCCUGAGACAGACGGUGGAUGCUGCCCACAACUGUGAGGACAUCCUCAUGAACUUUCUUGUGAGCCAAGUGACCCGGUUGCCGCCCAUCAAGGUGACGCAGCGCAAGCAGUACCGGGACACCGGGCAAGGCUAUCCAUCAUCGUGGAACGACCCGGACCACUUUGUGCAGCGCCAGGCAUGCAUCAACGCUUUUGCCACUUACUGGGGACACAUGCCGCUGGUGCGCUCUUCGCUGAGGCUGGACCCUGUGCUGUUCCGGGACCCCGUGUCAAACCUGCGCAAGCGGUACCGCCGCAUCGACCGUGUCGUUGGUGCUGGCCGGAGCUGAGAACGAAGCCGUCCCUUUUAGCACCAAGCAUUUUGUGUGCCCGAUGUCAAGACGGAGAAGACUCGAGUCAUGUUGUGUCAAGACAGAAAGAACGACACUCAGCAUUACGUCGCUCCAGUUCCAAUAUUUUUUGUUUUUUCCUUCAUCAUCAGUGUCAUAAAGUUCAUCACCAUUGGUCAUAGGAACAGUGGGUGCUUCUAGUCCACAUUUAGCCUUCUAUCACUGAUCAACUGUGCGCUUGCUGUAUUCUGUUUUGUCGGCAGAAUCACCUAGGAGACUCGAGUUCAGGUUCUUGCAAAAUAUUGUCGAUCCAUAUAAUUGUACUUUGCAACUGCAUCAAUCAGAAACAGGCCCUGGCAGAAUAUUCUGGCUGCCAUUGCAGGACCUGCAGAAGGAGAUUCCAUCUGCAACAGCCAUGCUAGUGACGUACGAGGAAAGCAUUUGAUGCCAUUUCUUUCGCAGACACAGCACAUCGUAAUGCUGGGACUUCCUUACAGGUGCUAUCCAUUGCAAAAGUUCUCAGGCCAAAGCACUCGCCAGUGGAUUGGACUGGAAGCAUUAUGGCACCACUAUGGUGGCUGGCGCCGCAGGAGCCACGGACGCCAAGGGGCGGUGUUCUCAAGCAACCACUUUCGGGGAUGCGAUUACUACCGUGAGAUUUCAUGUGGCUGGAAUCCAGAUACUUCGAAGUAUUUGGCUGACAGCAUUUCUGGCACCUGUGCCAAGCUCACUGUAUUCGCACAGGGGCACAAAUGCUAUUGGCCGUACGUAAUUUGAUGCAUCGGAUGCCAAAUCACGUGAAAUCUUGCAAAAGUGAUCAUAUCCCCAAUAGUGAAUACCACCCCAGGUGUCUCCCUAGCACGUUAGAUCUCAGCACCAGCAACUAUAGCGCCAGCAUGUGGUGUUAUGUCCAGUCUGUUUAUGAGCUGUUUUACCUGUGAACUUUUGUAAUAAGUAGUGCUUCAAGCUUUCAUUCUAUGCCAUCUUUUGAUGUUUUCAUUUGUUUGGUCCUAUGUUCACGCAACCCAGAAGUGGGGAAGCAUGUGAAAUUGCAUAGGCAAUCCUGCCAAUCUACAGGGCAGUGCGUUCUUUGUUGCAUUUAUUUGCCCUCCGUAUGGCAUUUUCUUUUCAAACGAGCCUCAAGAGUUUGCUUUUUCUUAUGUGAUAGCGGGAAUGUUGUUUUCUUUGUUUUGUUUUUUGUUUGUUUUUUUGCUUGCAUUGCAGAUGUAUUUUUCCUCUUGAUCUGCAGCCAUAUUGACAUGGGCCUUUCCUUUUUGAUACAGUGUUUCUAAGCAGCUUUAGCGUAGCACAUUGAGUGAACUUGGCAAGUGCAUACAGUACUGCAUUAGCUUUUGGCAAGUUUUUCUGUCUUUUCGUGUGAUACAUGCUUAUUUGUUUACUUAAUUUCAUUUAUCAUACAGGGUUAUCCUUUGUCUCUGCACUCGUAUCACAGAUGUGAGGGUACUUCUUUUUGUGACGCGCAUUAUUCCAGGUUCACUGUGACGAUGCACUUGUGUGUACAUUCAUGCUUAUGCAUGCGCCCUCAUGGGUUUAUAGUGCUGCUUUUUACGCUCACGGAACUUGCCCAGGUGCCAGAGGAACUGACUUUGCUGUAGGCACAGACAGGGUUGGCGCAUGUGACUGUUAAUGCUUGAAAUGCUCCUAGAUGGUCAAUCUCUCACUGCCUAGAACAACGAAGCUACAUACAAGAACUUUACUAUCGGGCUUCAGGAAGACCACGGCAAUGAAAACUAUCGGCGCCACUUUCUUUUCUUUUUUUUUAGUUGUUGUUAGCCCAAACAUACUUUCUUUCAGAGAUCAGUUUGCAGCAGCAAGUAUACUAGUUGCUGUCCCUAGCAUCACUUUUGAUGCACUGAUCGAGAAAUUUUCCGUGCCAAUGCCACCUAAAUUCACUUUACGUCUAAAUGUGUCAAAGAUUUGAGUCUCCUUUCUCUCUCUCUCUAUCUCUCUCCCUCUUUUUCCUAUCUGGCCUCGCCGUCAAAGAAAGUUACUGCAUCAGUUUCCGGCCUGAAUUUCAUUGGCAUGUGAGGGAAAGGAAAGGGAACACCUAUUCCAAAUUACUUCUACCAUAAAUAUUAAUGAUUGUUUUUAACAUAGUUAGCAUUAAAAUAUUACACACUUAUGUUUAAUUUGAAUGUCAAGCUUGAAAUAGUAAUUUUGGCAGCAGUGUUUCUACUUGGAAGAAAGAGGGGGGUUGCCUUUGAGGGAAAAAAAAAAGGCAGGAAAGGAAAUCAAACCUAGUGGGGCAAAGUUCUUGUUGCAGUGGUCCCUUUAAGUCUUCUUCUUCUUCUUAUCUCAUUCUUUUUCACAUUAAGCAAGCUCCAUGUUAAUCUGGGUAGUCUGCCCUUGCAGUUUGAAUGUGCUGCGUGCAGUAUCAGUGGAAAUGGGUUUCGUAAGCAGGGCUUUUUCUCACGAGUGCCCGUGUGCCGCUCGAUGUGCUUGACAUUUAAUCGCUUCAGUGUCAGCCCAAGUGAAGUAGGCCAAUGACUUCUUUUUUUGUGCCAACAACGAACACAGCUGUAGCGUUUGCUUUGCCUGUUUGCCAUAACUCGUAAUUCUUAUCAAGUUCAUAUUUGAAGGGAGUGUUAUUUGCUAUGUUUGUUUUGUUUUUACAGCUUGUUCUGCAGCUUGUUGGUCGAGUUUAUUUCGCAGGUGUCAGCUGGUCAUGUCAGGUGGUGAUGUGGAUGUCAUUCUUACUUCCUCCCACCCAUGCAAAAUGGGUGGGCCAUAUUGCUCGACCUGCAUCACAACCGUUCUCAUUUGGUGUCAUUGUGCGUCAUCGCCGACUCAUCUACUUAAUGUUCAUCAUAUAGAGGCAUGCACCUUGAGGAAGGCUUAGUGGAGUACAGUUUUAUGAAUAACUGUAGCAGCAACAGCAAUCAUACUCUAGUGGCCCCUUGAGCCCCCUCAUAAACUUCGGCCACAGUUUUGCAGAGUGGCAAGUAACCAUGCGUGGAAGCAAUAUGCAGUCAGUCUUUCGUGCCAUCACUGGAUGUGGUGGCUUUCCUAGCAGCCAUAGGUAAAGUUUCAACUUAUUGCACCUUUUCUUGGUGCCUGCUGGCACAUAGUGUCAGGUACUUAGGGCAAGGUAUGUACUCUGGUCAAGCUGCAAGUGGACUCAGUGCUAGGCCCUAGUACCGAGCUGUAAAAGAAAUCAAAAUGAGUGUUGACGGCAUCCAGCAGGGAAAUGAUAAAAAAAAAAAAGUAUAAAAGGCCUGCAAUUUGCAUUUGUCCUCCACUACAUCCAUAAUGAAUUCGGAGACAAUAAAUAUAGCAGCUCUAUUAGCCGGUGAAACAAAAAGGAAUCGAGCAUGGUGCAGUAAAAAAAAAUUUUUAGUGAAUUGUAGGCGUGGGGAGCUGAGUAGCAGAGUGGCAUAUUUGUGAGCUUUCAAUACAAGCAAAGGUUUUGGAUCCUGUCAUCGUUCUGGCUCCAUGAUACACCAUGCCAUUACUAGUGGGAGCAUCCUACCUUGAAACGGUGCCUUAAACAUCCCCGGGCAACCAAUUUCGCUUUUCAUCUAAGGUCUGGGUAUGAAGUACACUCUUCUUUCACCUGUUCCAAGCAAUCAAGUUAUGCGAGCAUAUGGACAUUCCAACAUUGACUUAGAUUUAAGAGUUCACAAGAAUAGCUCUAUUGCAUAUUGUAUAAACGCCUCUAGAACUGUUAGUCAUUCAAAGCUUAGUCACUAAAGUGAUAGCCAGAGCUCUAAAUUGAGUUUGUUGGAGUGGCAUUCAAAUAAAGUAGUGAUUUGCACUUACAUUUCUUUUUACCAGUGUGUAUUACAGUCAGUAGCGUGUGCCGACUCUCAUGACUUUGCUUUCAUUUCCCUUAGGCACAAAUACUUGAUAGAUAAUGCAAUAAUUAAGGCACGUGAGGAAUAGCAGCGCAUUUUGAAUGCAGGAAUACGUUCACUGUGGCAUCCAUGUGUCCAGAUUAUGCUUAACUGCUGGGUGCUCUUGUUUUAUGUCACGUAGCUGACAGUGAACUUAAUCCUUACCGUGUCUUGCAGAUGCUUUAUUACUUUGACUUGUUAAACAAACAGGCUAGUCGAGGACUGAUUUAACAAACGUCUUGGUUAAACAAAUGCACAGACAAGAAAGGAAGCAGGAUCAGGAAGCUGGUGGCCUAGUUCAAGGUAAAAUAUGCAUUCAUUAUUAGUUGCCUCUGUUCAUUGCCAAAAUUGGCAUAAAUUAGCGCAUAAAUAUUCUUCAUAAAUUCAUUGUGACAUGAAAGACAAAUAUGUGCAAUACCUGUCACUAGAGGCAUUGGAGGAUUACUCUUGAACUCGCUUUUGUACUUUUUGGGCGGUCUUUCUCAAGGUACAGGAAGAAAAAAAAAGGGGGGGGGGAUGCUCCCGUCCAUCCAGGCCAAUGUUACGACAAUCUGUUGUCUGCUUACAACAAUGAAACGCUCUCAAGCUAUGUUCAAUUUGCGGCAUUUUUUAAAAUUUUUUUCGGCCAGACAGCUCUCCUGUCAACCUUAUUUGUUGCCGCUUUUUCUACUGCCCUGUGAAGCAUACUCUGAUUGUCGUGCUCAUGUGUUUCUACUCUGCUUGGCUGGCCAGCGCUUCCCCAAAGGGCGCCCAGAAGCCAGGCAAGCGCAACGAGCCUGGUACAAGUGCAGUGUCGCAGUUUUUUAUACAUCAAUGUAUCUUCCACUCGAGAAGGAAACGUUUCCAUUUUGGCACCUUAGACAAAAGUUUGUCAGCUUUUGACUUUGUGUUUUAUUAGCCCAGAACAAGUGCUACGGAGGUACUACAAGCCUUUCUCCUUACAUGGUGAAGUGCUGUGUUGACUCCUUUGUCUUCUCAUUUGAUUCAGUGUACUUGAAACGGCAGCUUACCCGAUUUCAUUUUUUUUUCCUUCGCAGCUAUCGCAAUGACUGCUUCUUCUGCUUUACUCGCAUACUGUAACUGUUUUUGUGUUUCUGCAGGACUUCUACUGUUUAGAGACAAUCUAAGGAAACACCUUGGGCUUUCAGCACCCGUCGUCUGGCGCAAUGCGAGACGGGUGCCCCUGCAAAUAUUUACAAGUUCAGAUACCGUGUAGGCAGAGUGUAGUCGCAGUUGACACUGUAGUUUCCCUCGUGAAAUCUUUGCCGCCCUUACUUCUGUUUUUCUUCCCCGGCGUCUCUUGUGAGUUUCGGAACACGUGUCAAACACGUGCAAAGCCUAAUACAUUAAGCUUUUCAAAGCUGUUGCACUUGGCUUUGAGCAAUAACGUUGUUGCGAAGAACGUAAUUUAUGGAUCAACCGUGUCCCUCGCCAGAGGAGGCACCUGAACACCGCACGUCCUUCGACUCAUUUUCUUACACAUUUAAAAACAUGUAACCGUAGCUAAUGACAGUGGUGUUUCUUGUUUGUCUUUUUUUACCGAGCCUUUAAACAUAAUAUUUUAAAUCUAAGUGAUGUGUUCUAUCCCUUUAAGUUAUUCAAAGAGGCAACUUUGCAGGUUUUGCAAGUUGCUUUAGCUAUCUUUGUUGUUCUUUUGUAAUGAACAAAAGUAAAGCUAUGCCUCUCUCUUUCUCUACAUUUUCCCCCCUUCUUGCACUCCUUCAAGAGUUAAUCGGGAGAAUUGAUGUGACUGAAAGUAUUGAAUUUAUGGCUCGAGUAGAAUGUGUGACUGCUGCGGUGCUGUCACUGCAAAAGAGUGCUUGGAUAGGAGUUAUGUUGUACACUAUUGUGAAAUAAUUUAUCUCCUCAGAGUUUGUGAGAUGUGUAUGAUGCAUACGUAGCAGCACCGUUUGCACAUGAGUGAACAAAUGCAGCGAUGCUGCUCUAAACAUGUAUAUUUCCCCUUUUUUUUUUCUCAAAUAAAAUAUACUGCAGCAGCAA